AUGGAUGCUUGGCAGCAAGAUCCAGACGAGGACAGGCAGGGUGCGAGAGAAACGGGAUCAUACGUCUGCAAUGCAUCAGACGAUGUCCUGCUGCACGCUCAGCUGCGGAGGGCCCGAGACAGGCGCAGAAAGAAGAGGAAGAAAGACUUUGCUAGCUUCAAUUUGGAGGCUGUCAAUGACGAGAUCGUGGCCUUUGUGGAGGAUGCGGCGGGUUCAGGAGGCUUGGAGCUGCCUGACUUUUCAAAGAUGCAGCGACUGCAGGUUCGUGCACUGGCCGCUGUGUAUGGACUAAAGCCCAGAGCUUGCGGCAGAACUGGGCAGACGCUCUUCAAGACGCCAAGAACCAGCCCCUUGACCAGCGAGGGCCAGGCACAGGUGGAGCGAUUGCUGGCGUGCAGCGUGCCGCACGGCAAGCCCACACCGGAGCUGAAACGCGAGCUGGAGGCGGCCAUGCGCAGCAGCCGAGCGGCGCUGACGCGGCCCAUAAAGGCGGACAACAAGGGCAGCCUCAUGCUGCGGCAGAUGGGCUGGAGCGAGGGCAGCGGCCUGGGCGCCAGCCGCCAGGGCCGCACCGAGCCCAUCCCCAUGCACCUGGGCCAGCGCAGGCAGGGCCUCGGCCGAUGA